AUGUCCACAGAAACAAGCAAGAGGAACAUCAAGACGACCAAAAAGGACAAGCCGGUGCGCAGUGUACAAAACACCGAGAGCAAUUUUCCAGCAGAGAUCGAUGACCUUCCGGUCAAGAAGCAUAAAGAAAAGAGCUUUCCAGGUAGAGGCCCAGUCUAGAUUGACAAAAUCAAAACGGAAAUUGUCAACGCAGUGACGGGUUUCCGGAUUCAAAAACAAAAUCAGCUGGUAGGAAGACUUACAUGAAAGCGAAUCAGCACGAAGCACGUAGUGUCAGUAGAACCAGCAACCAGGCCGACAGGCGACAGAGACCCGAGGCAAUAAGUGAGAAAAAUUGAGAGGUGGCAAAAACAGUUUGGGGGUCAAGUCCCCAAAGAGGUCAAAAAACCAAAAGGUCAUUAUGUGAGCCCACGCAUUUGGGGCAGUAACAUAGCGACGAACCCACUGAGCCAGAAGAGCGUACACUUUGAAUUGAAUGGAGACAACGUUGAAACCGCCACAAAGAUGAGAGUUCCUUCGUUUUACUCCAAAAGAAGGAAAAGACGAGGGUGUCAAGUUCGGCAACAACCCACGCCUGCAUGGGAAUUAAGGACGCCAUAAACCAUAUCCGAGACAAAGCCAGAGCGUUAAUAAUGAGAGCCAAUUACCAGAUACGUUUCUACCGCGUUAAUUCGGGGUCGCCAAUUCACCUCCUCAAGGUUUUUAUUGCCAAUUUAAACCCCCAAUCUUUUAGCUUUAUCGGCAAACCCUUGAAUUGGAACAGGCUUAUCCAAACGACCACGCCAAGCACUAAGCCAGACUCACUGUCCGCUAUUGACCUUUGCUCCAGUACCUUUUUCAAACCCAUGGUGACUGACUGCAAAAAGCACCUUGGUGGCACAAUUAGCGCAAGAGAAAACAGACGUGUCAUCACCAUAAAGAUAUAAAACAUGAAGAGGAGAUGAUAUGCCAGGCAAACGCAGGCCACUGACUGCGGGGUUACAUCGAAUGUUGGCAGCAAGUACCUCAAUAGACAAAAAACAAGAGCAGAGAUAAAGGGCAACCUUGACGCACUCCGCAAGAUGGCCUAAAGGCACAGAAACAAUAACCAUUAAUAAGGACGGUGCUACGGACAUCGGUAUAAUCAGGAGCCUGACCCACCGAAUAAAGCUCACACCAAAGCCCAUCUUACCCAAAGUGGCCAAGAGAAAAGGCCAGUCAACUCGAUCAAAAGCUUUCUCUUGAUUAAGAGGCAGUGUAGCAACAGGUAUGUCUUAAAGUUCAUUGGCUAAUUCGGCAACGUCACGUAGAUAGGCGACAUUUUCGCCACUAAAACGUCCAGAAAUUCCGCAGGUCUGUUAAGGAGUGACAGCCUUAGAUAUUACCUUUAACAGACGGCCAGCUAAAACACGAGCGCAGAGCUUGUAGUCAAGGUUUAGAGGACUAAUCGGUCGCCAAUUUUUGUGGUCCUGACGAUCACCCUUCUUCAAAAUCAAUCAGAGUAAUGAGAGCUUCACGUUGAGAAGAAUGGAGGAGACCAGCCUAUAGAGAAGCACUGAAGACCCCGACAAGAUCUUUCCCACAAAAGUCCCAGAAAGUCACAUAAAACUCCAUAGGCAGGCCAUCCGAGCCAGGGGAUUUGCCCUUUGCCGUACCCAGAAGCGCAGCAUGGGCCUCGGUGAACAAGACGGGGCCCUCACAAGUCGCAGAUUCAUCGGAUAAAGAAAGGUCAUCAAGAAGAUCAGUCUGGACGUCAAGGUCAACAGUGGUUAGCGAUGAUGAUGGCCGCGUCUUUUGA